CGUAUGUACCUACCUUCCGACGACCGUGCCGCUGCGCUGUGCGUUUAUGAAGUUGAAACGAAUGACGUUUGUAAUCGACACAAAUGUAUGAAAUUGAAAAAUACCUUUGUUAGCAAUUUCUUUUUAUGUGAUACAAAGAAAGAUGACGUGAUUGAUACUUUAUUGAAAUGAUAGUCACUAGUUGAGGCAAUAAAAGUCCGACUGUUUCAAAGCUACAUUCAGUAGAUGUGUGUUGUGAUAACUGGCAAACAAUAAAGCCAUUAGGUGUUUCAGGUUCAACAAAUAAAGUAUCUGUUACGACGAGCUUUAUGGAGAUAUUUUUGUCAUCCUGGGUAAAUAACUUUUAGUGACAAUGACGUAUUAUGAUUAUUAUGAUGGGAGUAGAAUAUUCCUGUUCAUAUCGAACAAAGUUGGUCUUCCCCUAGAUUUAGUAAAUUUUUUGAUCGCACAAGUAGCUGCACUAUGCCUGGCAAGACUGUUUCGAAAACCAUUAAGAUAUGCUUCUCCGGAAUUUCGACAUUCUGUGUGCCUUGUUAUAGGUUUAACAAUGGGGUAUUUCUGUUUUGGAAGACAAGCUAUCCAUUUAUCGGUGCUGCCUAUGUUAACUUACACCUUGUUAAAGAGCGUCAAGCACCAAAUAAUGGGCAACGUUAUCCUGGCAGUGUCCAUGAUAUAUCUUUCAUGUCUUCAUUUACAUCGACAGAUAUAUCACACGGCUGAUUAUACAUUAGAUAUAACAGGUCCGUUAAUGGUUAUCACUCAAAGAGUAACAUCAUUGGCUUACUCUCUACAAGAUAGUUUGACUGUUAAAGAUUUAAAAUCGAAAGCGACGGCUUUGCAAACUACGGGUGGCGAAGACUUGGUGAAAAUAGAGAAAAUACCCUCACCGCUCGAAUACUUCGCAUUCACUUUGGCCUUUCAAACAUUAAUGUGUGGUCCAGUAGUAUUUUAUACUGAUUAUAUCAAAUUUAUCGAAGGUGCUCGUGUCGAUGAGUUGGAGAAGUCGGCAGACACGAAGGAGCCCUCGCCGCGGACAGCUGUGUUCUAUAAAGUUGCCGGUUCUUUAGCGGCGGCAUUGUUAUAUUUAACGUUAGCUAAGAAAUAUCCUCUGACUGUUUUAGAAGAGCUAACGGACCCCACAUCGGAAGUAUCUCGUUCAUGGUCUGCGCUGUACUUGCUGUGGUACGCGUACCUGUCGACGCUGGUGGUACGCUGCAAGUACUACCACGCGUGGCUCCUGUCCGAGGCCAUCUGUAACAACUGCGGCAUGGGAUUCAACGGGUACAACAACGACGGAUCGCCUAAGUGGGACAAAAUGUCCAACAUCGACAUAUUUGGUUUUGAGUUCGCCCAAAACUUCCGCAUAGCGAUCGCCAGCUGGAACAAGAACACGAACGCGUGGCUGCGCGACGUGGCGUACUCGCGCGGCGGCGCGGCGUGGCGCACGGCGCGGGUGUACGCGCUGUCCGCCGUGUGGCACGGCUUCCAUCCCGGCUACUACCUCACCUUCUUCGCGGGUGGCAUAUUCACCGUCGCAGCUAGAAAGAUCCGUUUCGUAGCUCGUCCUAUGUUUUUAGACAGUGUUCCUAAGAAGCUAUUCUACGAUUCAGUCUCGUUUAUCACUACGCGAGUUGCGAUGACAUACGCCACGGUACCAUUUGUCCUGCUUCACCUCGCGCCAAGCCUCGCUUUUUAUGCAAAAUUCUACUACUCCCUCCACUUCAUCGCCCUAGGUGCCAUGUUAAUACCCGAAAAGGCCAAACGACCCAAACCUGCAGUUGUUCAAGAGCAGCAGUCGAAAUCCCCCACACUGAGUAAGGAAGCAAUGGAGGAAUCCCUUGACGAAUUGAAUGGUAAACUGAAAAUAUCAUAAAAAUAGUAUGUAGGCAUUGAAGGGUCGACAACACAUACUUCAUCAAGGGGACCUCUACUGUAUGACCCAGUCAAGAUUGAACUAGCUUUUUAACAAAUCAUCCUCUAAUUGUAACUGUUUCAUAUUUUUUUCCGGAAGGUGGUAGGUGCAAUUAAUCUGUAUUAUUUUUUGCAUUUAACUACGAAUACACGCCGUCCAGGCAUGCACCGUCAGCCAUCAUAGUUAACUUCUGUUGAAUAAUGUGUAUCACUCAUAUAAUUUUUAUUUUAAUACAAUGAUUGUUAGUAAUUGUUUUGAUUAGCGUUUCUUUUAUUUUAAGUUUAUUAGAUUAAGAAACGAAUUGACUAUUAUUGUUCAUAAAAAAUAAUUCACAACUAAGACGUCAGAGUGUGAAGCAGAUUGGAAAUAAACUAUGUAUAAGUUCUGCUUUAAUAUUUCGCACGUUGUUGGCUGAAGCUAAUUUAUUUUAGAUUAAUAUUGUUUGAGUUAUUUAUACUUUUCCGAGUUCUUGACCCAAAAUACUUCAAAAUGUUUAGAGAGCAACCAAGUAGGCUCUGGUUGAUCAAACAUUUACCUGGACUAGUACCUAGUAAAGAGGCACAUGCUGCUAUUCUCGAAUCAUUUAAUGUAUUACAUUAUCAUAUUGAAUACGUUUACCGCGCGUUUUAUUUCGGCAACAGAGGUAGUAAAAUUUGUUACGUUAACAACGGUUACAAAAUUUUUAUUCUAAUUAUACCGGAGUUCCUAGGGGGGUUUGAACCAGGACUGAAUGCUUCUUUCUUUCUUCCCAAUGGUCCCAUUGUCAUCAUGAUGAUGAAAACCCUUAGGAAUCACGGGUAACCCUCGAAAAUUGUAGUAAGCUUCGGUUCGGUUCGCGUUCGCGAUUCACCCACACAGGACCUUCGUGUACAAUUUUAAUUACUACAACUUAUUUCAAAAUCAAGAGCACGAUUUUUUAUUAGGUAAUUCGUCAAUAAUAAGCUCGCUAUCUAUACAUUCCACUUUUCCGUAAAAUAUUUUGUCCAAUUUGGGGCACUAGGAACUCCGUCUUGCUAUCUACUAAGCUUAACAUAUUGGAAACGUAUUUUUGGUGUCAACAAAACAUGAAAAGUUGUAUGUAUGUACUAAGAUGUAACCUAUUGCUCCGAAAGUGGGGACUUGUGACGUCACAGUUAAGUAAUAUUUGUGCUUAUAAGUGACAAAUUUUAAUCAUGUUAUAUUUUCUAAUAAAGUUUUGAGACAAAACAAACGUUUCCAAUAUUCUAGGCUAAUUACUUUACUUGAUUACUAUUUUAAAAAAUUAUGUUUUCUUUAUUUGCCAAACCUGUUGCUUUUUUGGAAAAGGAACAUAAGUUAGAUACCUAUUUAAACAAAAUAUAUAGAGGUAUAUAUGGUUUCUAUUUUAUGCCUCUAACCAACCGCGAAAGUCGGAUACGUCGCUCAUCACAUUUAGGUACUUUAGGCAAUUAAAUCAAGUGAUAUGUAUUCACGAUGCGAAUCUCAUCUGAUGUGCAUUGUCUUGGGCUACGGUAAUGAUUACAAUAUUGAUGAACUACGAUAGGAGUCAGCCAUAAUAACUUUCAGACCAUUUUAGUUGUUACCUAUAUAUAAGCCAGGCCCUCGAAGUAUUGAUCAAAUCGAACAAGCUCAUUUUGGCACUUUUCAACUAAUUCGGAUUGUGCUCAAAGAAAAAUAUAUUUUUUAUUAAAAAUCCAAUGUUUUUUGCCAAAUCCAUUUUUGAUUUGAUAUUUUUUAGGCACUAGUUGCUACCUACCUAUUACCAAACAAAAGGCUAGAUCUUCUUCUGAAAACAAAAAUUGAACCGGUAGCCCCACGGAUAUUUAAUAAACAAGUACUGAUUAGUAGAAAACUGCAAAAAAAAAAACAAACAAACCCAAUCGUCAGUACAUGAAUUUCCACGCUACCAAAAACCAACAAUAAUUUGUUUUUUGAAAAAAUAACACUUAGUGGGAGGUAACUUAAAAGAUGUAUUUACAGAAAAGAUUCUAAUUUAAAGUGGUUACAUAGAUGCAGCUUUUAUUCAAAAGUUGCUGGGUACACCAACCACGUACUCUUGUUGAUGCUAUCCCCCAACAAAAGGACAAAUCUUCAAUAUUUUUAGACUUCAUUUUAAUAGAUAUUUAAUUAGCUUUGAGCUAUUUUACUGCACAAACAUUUGUGGUUGUAUGAACCCAAUGAAAAAAUAAGUUUUUAUGAGGAACUUUGGCUAUUAACACACGGCACCGCGCACCGCCGCGGUAGGCGAUGAAGCGGAUCUCAUGUCGCAUUGACCUGUAUUAAAUCCGUUAAUUCCUAACACACUUACACCGCCUGACCGCGCGUUCGAGCGGUGAUCUUUUGUUCGAGCGCCACCGCCCUCCGCGACAGUGCGCGGUGCCGUGUGUUAAUCGCCUUUCUCGAGUAAGCAUAUGAAAUUCAUAAAAUCAUUAAUACUUUACGACAGCUGAUCUUUUAUUUCUGAAAUCAGUACAGUAUUUCCUUAUUGACAAUUAAAGAAUUCUUUACAAUUAAUUAUCUCUAUUAUUUUUUCAAUCUACAUACUAUAAUUACAUUAUUUUUAAUAUUACUUUAAUUUUAAAUUUAAGUAUUCUAAAACAUAGCUACUAAAUAAAUAUAAAUUAUCAGAUAUCUAUACUAAACAUCCCUGGUUUUCUUUUACAUCUCAAGGUGUACCUUAAAUGUUGUCUUGACACAUUUGCAAUUACAGAAUGAAAAUCUUUGAAUACACUUAAGGAUGUACAAAAAAAACUGGGAUCUCGAAUAUUUCCACUCGUCAUUUAUUGAGUAAGCUGUUAAAUAUCAAAAUUUGAUUACUAAUUGUAAUUACUUACAUGUCAUUUGCAAAAACAUUGUAUAGAAUGUGUACUUCAGGUAAAUUUUAAAUUCGUUAGAAGUACUUUCGCCCACUUCACGAAAUGUUGCGCAGCUUCUUUUUUGGCUGGUUUAAAAUAAAAAUUUGUAACUUAAACCAACUGUAUCCGACUUGGUGUGCCGUGAAAGCAACCGACGAAAAUAUCGCGCAUUUCAUGAAUUGACAAAAUGUACGAUAUGGCUUCGACAUAAAUAAUGAAUGUUUUUGUAAGCGAUUGCAUUCAUCAGCAUUCUAUAUGGAAAACUAAUGAUAAUACUUAUGUAUUACUCAUAUGUGGCUACAUGUUCAUUUUGAUCAGUCAUCGCAUUGUCAGAAAUAACAUCAAUAUUUCAUCUUAUCAAAUUAUCUAGUUGUAAAAAAUAUGUGGAUGUGUAGCCUUGCUGCGGUUUUCUUUAACCAAUCUAUCCGUUGGUUUUUGAUUAGAGAUCUAAAUUUGUCCGAUUUCAUAUAGAGCUUAUGUCAAAAUUCUAUCUCUAAUCGCACAUCGGCCGAUAUAUAGGGUAAAGAAAUCCACUGUAUGUAAUACUUACCUCAAACAUGGAAUUGUAUUUAUUUUUGUUACAAAUUAAUUUUAUAUUAAAAAUGUAUUUUAUAUGGUUAAUAAAAAUAUAUUUUACUUGA